UAAUGUGCAUGCCAUUUAUAGUUAAAUUAUAUACUUCAGUCCUUCAUUCUGAAUGUGCAUUAUUUGAACAGGUAGUAAUAUGAGUAUACUCUUCGGAGUUUGUUUAUAGUGCCCGAGUAGCGAUAUUCAUUUGUUCAGGCAUGUAUGUUUCGAAAGUGGGCGCUGAGAUAUUUUGUUUAUAUCAUCCAUCGAUUAAAUGUGUGAUUUGUUGUGCAGUGUGUUUUUCAGUUGUGACACCGGUUCGUUAUCUCCCAAUAAUGUAAAAUGAGAUUAAAACCCUUUCGUGUAAAUAAGAAAUGGAUAUUGUUAUUUUCUGUGACUGUGUGUUUCUUCGGCUAUUUCGGGCUGUUCACGCAUUUAUUUGAACGAGAUUAUAAAAGCAGCUUCAGCUACCCGUAUGAGGGUGAUAUACGACGUUUUGUAGACCAGCUUAAGAAUAACGAAACACCUGACGUUAAGCCAAUCAAUGUGUACAAUUAUAGUUUUAUUUCUGCGUGCACGAAGAAGUGUAGCACUCCAGCCAAAGAAGUCCUUCGAAUAGUAUACAUUGUAAAAUCUGCAUUGCCUAAUUUCCAUCGCCGAAAGGCAAUACGAGAAACGUGGGGAUUUGAAAAGAGAUUUUCUGACGUGCAAAUCAGAACAGUUUUUGUUCUUGGUGUGACUGCAGAUGAUCGAAAACUGCUACAAGAAGUUCAGAAAGAAAGCGCAAGACAUGGUGACAUUGUGCAGGCAAACUUCAUCGAUGAUUAUUUCAAUAACACUAUUAAGACAAUGAUGGGAAUCUCGUGGGCUUUCGCAUAUUGUCCCAAUGCGCAAUUCUAUUUUUUCAGUGAUGAUGACAUGUAUGUAUCAACAAAGAAUGUAUUGAGGUUUAUACGGAAUCCGGCUCACUACCCGGAAUAUUUAGAGACUCCUGUCAUUUCACUAAGGAGACGCGAAAAACGGAACGUAAUUGAAGGACGUACCUCACACGACAUGCAACUCAAUACUUCUGGUCAGAUGAUGCGACGCUUACAUCAAUUUCAAGAUUUUGAAUUGGCUGACGAUGUUGUUUUAUUUGCAGGGUAUGUAUUUGUAUCUUCGCCUCAGAGACAUUUUAGCAGUAAGUGGUAUGUACCAUUGUCGGAAUACCCAUAUAAUAUGUGGCCCCCGUACGUCACUGCAGGAGCAUACAUUCUUUCCCGCAACGCCCUAAUUGACAUGUAUUAUGCUAGUCUGUACACAAAACAUUUCAGAUUUGAUGAUAUAUACUUGGGAAUUUUGGCAAAAAAGUUGGGAAUUGAACCUUUUCAUUGCAGUGAAUUUCAUUUUUAUAAAAUGAAUUACAAUGUCUAUAGUUACCAUUAUGUAAUAGCUUCACAUGGUUAUUCUGACCCUGAUGAAAUAAUCAGAGUAUGGAAUGAGCAAAGAAGUGUCGGCAAUGCAUAAAUACUUUUAAUUCAGUAUGGUGUCACCUGGAGCUGGGAGGCAGAUCUUAUACAUACAAAUAAAACUGUAGAUGUUUAAAUCUAGUCCAAAAGCCAAAAAUAUUGUGGAAAAUCAGUUAUCUAAUAUAUAAUCAUCACUUGUAAAUGACAAAGCGUGACAUCCAUUCAGUAAUAGUGAAUUUCACCAAUCUGUAAUACUCAUAAUUAUGUAAAUGGUGAGUAAUUAGCUGAUAUUAUUGCCAGUGUGACUGACAAAGAAUUUGCUUGCUAUAGUUGAUAUGCCAAUUCAAAUUUUUUUCAUUUUAAGAAACCAAGUGAUGCAUGUGAUCUAGCAGUACAGGAGUGAUGGAAAAACUUUGAGCUGAGUGGAAUUUUUUUAUUGCACCUACUCUUUUUGUAGAACACAUUUAUUGUGACAACCUCUGUAUCUUACGUCCAAGGUAAACGUUAUAAUUAAAAUCUAUUUAAGAUAAUGUACUGAUAAUGUAAAAAUAUAUAAAUUCACUGCUCAUUUACAAUUAAGAAGAUCUCAUUUAUGGUGUUAACAGACAAUGCAGAACAAGUUUUAAUCAUAUUUCAUUUAGACCAUUAUUUUACUGAAAGGCAGAGAAGAAGCAAAUGUUAGCAGUAAGGCACUGUUGGUGUCUUGGCAAGGUUGAAAUAGCAAAUUGAAUUACGAUAUAAUUUUUUAUUGUUUUCUAAAUGGAGUAUUUCAAACCUUGUGAACAAGAUGGCUCAUUGUCUGUUAACUUUAAUAGAUGUUCCUGAGCUCACACUAAAAGACUGACAAAGAAUGUAUAAUGGAGAUGUUAAACAAGUGGAGCCAGAAAUUAAAGAAGAAAGCAGUGAUAUUGUUAAUUACAGGGAUCAUUUUGGGUAAACUUUUAUUAUUAGGACUGAUGUUGUUAAUCUCACAACCAAAAGACUGACAGAGCAUGUAUAAUGUAAUUGUAAAAAAGAACCAGGAACUAAUAAAGCAGAAAUUCUGCUGAUGA